UGGGGUUUGCAAGCUAAGGGGCGCGUUCCUGAGCGGUCCGAUUCCUAGGAGCGCUGCGUCCUGUCAGCCUUGUCUCUAACCACAGACCCCGUCCAGAGACAGGCGAAAUGCUGGGGUUAACAACCUCUCGCUAGGGUCGGCCCUCAGCGAGGCAAGAUAGAAGAACCGGUCACAGGGAGAGCCUGAGAAAGCAAAGGCCCUAACAUGGCGGGCAAUUAACAAUCUACUUCCGGAAUUUAAAGCCAGCUUCCGGAAGCCGAGAGGGUGUUCCCAUGACAACCGACGUCGGUUCCUUGAGGUCCUUGCAUUAGAGCCAAGGAAACAGCUCUGAUUUGGAAAAACUAAACAUCUCUCCCGGAGUUCUGGGCAGAGAGAAAACCAGUAGUCAUUUUCUUCAGAACUGUGGAAUGUACCCUUGGGAGUCCCACAAAUCAGGCAGAAGAUGCUCCAGACCGGUAACUACAGCCUGGUGCUCUCCCUGCAGUUCCUGUUGCUGUCCUAUGACCUGUUCGUCAACUCCUUCUCAGAGCUACUUCGAAUGGCUCCUGUUAUCCAGCUUGUGCUGUUCAUCAUCCAGGAUAUUGCAAUCCUCUUCAACAUCAUCAUAAUUUUCCUCAUGUUCUUCAACACCUUCGUCUUCCAGGCUGGCCUGGUCAACCUCCUUUUCCAUAAGUUCAAAGGGACCAUCAUUCUGACAUCUGUGUACCUCGCCCUCAGCAUCUCCCUACAUGUCUGGGUCAUGAACGUGCGAUGGAAAAACUCCAUCAGGUGGACAAACGGCCUGCAAACACUGUUUGUAUUCCAGAGACUAGCCGCAGUGCUCUACUGCUAUUUCUACAAAAGGACGGCCGUGAGACUGGGUGACCCCCGAUUUUACCAGGACUCACUGUGGCUGCGCAAGGAGUUCAUGCAAGUCCGAAGGUGACCACUUCAUGUCACAUGGGUGAAUACCUUUCCUUCCUGGUAGAAGGUGCCUGCCUGGGCUGCUCUCCAGGGAGGAGCAGCCAUUGGCACCAGGAAGCAGGGGGACUUCCUAGGACACAUUUAUGCUAGCUGUGCUCAGCAUUCAAGAAGGAAGAUUCACCAGGCAUGGUUGGAAACAGAGGCAGGAGGAUUGCUGUGGUUUGAGGCCACCCUAGGCCUACCUAAUGAGUUCUAGGUUAGCCUGUAGAGAGAGACCCUAUCUCCAAAAAAACAAAAACAAAAAAAAGGAAGACCUUCCUUAUUGCAAAUUACAGUGUUUCCCUGCCGCAGACUGUAGUGCGAAGUGCAGUCUUGCCUCCUCCUCAUCGGCCCACUUCCUUCUCUUCCUACUUUGUACCACUCACUCACUGUCUUUCCCUCCUCCUUCCAAGAAUCUGCAGCUCUGGAACUACCACUCUUUAAAGCUUAUGGUUCCGCCUUUUAGGUAGCAGCGAGUCAGCCUAGGCCCUGUUCUGCUGACCCCAUCCUUGAGUGACUGGAGGAUGCAGAGAGUGAUGGCCAUGUCCUCCUGACUGACCACACCUUAGUCAUUUAGAUUUUAUAUCCAAAGUACUUUUUUACAGUUCUAAAAGGAGAUAAAUAGAAUUUUUUUUUAAAUAAAUGGUAGAGUGUGUCUGUC